AAUGACGUGAAUUUGCGCGCGAAAAAGCAUAAACAGUUUGCUCAACUGGUAACUACUGACGUAAUUUUUUAAAUUUGAAUCUGCAACGAUCGAAGAGUGAAAAUGAAUUUAGUGAAUGGAGGUGCAAGCAGCAGUUGUGCUAUUGACUUGUUGGCAGAUGUUCUUGACGAUUUAUCAGAAAAUGGUGUCAAUAAUCCUGUUGAUAAUGGCAGUUCUCUUUGUCAGAAACAAAGCAAAACAUACACUUUUAUUGACAUUAUGGAGAAGCCUGAACCUGUGCAGGAAAGCACAGGUGGUGGUGAUAUUCACUCCUAUCGCAAAUCGCUGAAAUUUAUAAGGGAAGUGAGUGGCGCGUGCCCUGAUGAGGACGCUGAUGGUGAUGAAGAUGGACAAGUAUUUGGCAGUAGUAGUGGCAACCAUUAUGCAGAGAGUCGUGCUUCAUUUGCUCCAGAGAAAAAAGCAUCCUGGAAGAGCCGAACACUUUCUGCACCUUCUUCACAGCAGGCAGUUGCCAAGCAUGCAAGUGUUGACACAAUGUUCGGAAUGCGUAUUGCUAAUCCAAUGAUAUCAUCGCGUACUGUUGAGCAACUUAUGCAAGGCAGGAAAUUUGUGUCAAUUGCACUAGCUAAACAGAUGAAAGCAGACAAAGAGCCAUCAAUUGACUGGGUGGUUGUUGGAGCCAUAGUGAACAAAUCACAACCACGAACGUCAAAAUCUGGUUCAAGCUACACUGUGUGGCGGAUUUCUGAUUUGAAGUCCUCUCUACUAACAGUAUCAAUCUUUUUGUUUGGUGCCGCAUACUCCACACAUUGGAAGCAUGCCCUUGGUACUGUUGUGGGCAUUUUGAAUCCAAAAUUGAUGGCUGGGAGGGAAGGCUACUCGGACAAUGAGACAUCACUUUCUGUAAACCAGUCAGACAAACUGUUAGUUGUUGGGACAGCAAAGGACUACGCUCUUUGUCAAGCAAGGAAAAAGGAUGGAACCCCUUGUACAGCUUUUGUAAAUGCUCAUGAUAGCAAAGUAUGUGUUCAUCACCUCGUCAGUGAGUACAAGAAGACAUCACGUAAUUUUAUCUCUCCAAGUACAUCUCGCAUCAACCUCCAAAACAAGAUUUUAGGGAAAAAUGAGAUCUUUUAUGGAGGCAAAAGCUAUGUGAAAACACCUGCAAAACCAAGUCAGAAGCAGUUGGCCCAUGACAAACUUGUAUUGUCACGACUCAGUCCAGCAGCUGGUCCAGGAUGUGGCAUAGGCAGUAAGGCAUCUGGCAGUAUGCAGGCUAUGGGGUUUUCAGGAACCAUUCGUAACCCGGUCACUGCAAAUCACUUACGAAAUACGCAAGCGAAGAAAGACAAUGACAUUUUAGAGCGUUUGUCUGCAUCAAGUGGUUCCAGUAUGAACAAAGCUUCAAGUGAGCUACCUAAUUGGAUAAAAAAUAAGACUGUCAAGGAUGAUAAAAAAACUGAAAACACCAGCAGAAUUGAAGAAAACACUCCAUCUUUUGUGAUGAAAGAAAGGAUUAGGAGCAAUUCACAAAAAAACUCGGAGAAAAUCAGCGAUAAAGGAUCAUCAUCUUUAGUUUUGAAGGAACAAAACUGUAUGAUUAUAAGUGAUGCUGAGUCACUGGACCACAAACAAAAACGGAAAAGUGCCGCUGAUCCAUUUUACUUAGAAAUUACAGAGAAUGUUUCUCCUAAACAGAAAAACUGCAAGCUUGCGAAAAAAGAAGAUCGGAAAGCAGUAGUUAGCAAUGCCUCAGUUUUGGAGAAUCACAUCAGUGUUAAUAAGAAGUCAGUGUCAUCAGUUGUCAACCCGAGCACUUGCAAAACUGUGUCUGAAUCCAUAUCACCAGAUAUAACCCAAAGACUGUCAACAACUUCUUCUGACAACAAGAGAGAUUUGACACAAGAGAAUACUCCAUCAUUUGUCAUGAGGCAAAAGACAAGACGUGAAGGUGAAGAGAAACCUUCACACAAACCUGAGUCUUCUGCAGUACAUAAAGAUGAUGUAAAUGUCGCAGGAAAACAAAGCAUGGGGCAGAAGACUACAGCUGCCAGUAAGAAAACUGCUUAUUAUUUAGAAGUGGAGGAAGAACAAAAUUCCAGAGUCUCUCUGGAUCGUCUUUCAAAUUCAGCUGACAUGCAAAAGGCAUGUAUAGGUGUCAACUCAGCAGGCUCUUUGUCAAAACCAGUUCUUCACCCAAGAAAGCAACAGGCGCGAGCAAAGGCAGCACAGAUAAUUAAGAAAGUUGGACCACUACCUAAAGACAACAGCAAAUCAGUGGCUGCUGUCAAACGGAAAUUGGAAGAUCAGUCUGAAAAAGAGUCCGAAAAGGAACGUGUAUCUCAAAUGGAAAAAUUUAGGCGGCUGAUGGGUGUGAGUUCCAAACAUACUACACUGAUAGAAGCAAGGGAUUUGGAAGCUGAAGCAGAAUACUUCAGUAACCUCGAAAAGAGAGAACAACUAGAAGAGAAGAUGCUCACUACAUACAAGGUGCCUUGUAAGGCUGUGCGCUGCCCCAAGUGCAAGUACCUGGCACUUCAGGCAUCAGAAUUUUGUCGUUCGCAAGGACAUCGGGUGUAUGUAGUCGAGACUUGCAAACGAUUCUUCAAGUGUGAAGACUGUGGCAAUCGCACCAUCAGUCUGAGCUUAGUGCCCACGCAGACAUGUGGCCGCUGUAACGGCUCUCGAUGGAAGAGGACAACAAUGAUUUCUGAGAGACGUGGUCCAUCUCUUACCACCCCAUUGUGCUUGAGGGGUGGUGAGGAAGUCUUCUUGGGACAUCAAACUGAGGGAAACAUUAAUUUGCUUGUUCCCGAAGAUUGAGAACAGUGCAGUUGAAAGAACACCUGCUUCACAAUUUCAUAAGAUGUGUGUUAUGUGAAGUGCAUGAAAAUGUGAGGUGUAAGGAUCACUGAUACAAUUAUACUGCAAAAUCAGCAAUAACUGAACAAGUGGUUUAUGCCAGUGUUGAACAAGUUGAACAGAAAGACGUAUAUAGCACACAUCAUACUUAUAUAAUUUGUUACAUGCAGUAUUUCCCAAACUGAAUACAAAGGACUCUGAAUGUAUCAUUUUAUGUUAAAAAGGCUGUGGCCUCUGUAAAUAUUUUGCAUCUUAAAUAUUAUUUUAACACUGCUUGUAAUUUUUUUCUAUGUUUGUAAGGAAUCUCACAUAACA